UCCACUCCGCACUGUGUCUUGCACUAAGCGCCUGGCCCAGCAAAGGCACGAGAGGCCUUUAAAGCAGCAUGGGCAGCCCCGAGAUUGUUUCAGAACUAGCUGAGGAACUCCAGCGUUAUACAGACGCAUGUGACAUUUCGGAGAUGAAGAAGCUGUUACUGAAACAUCGCAGCAAAGUGAAGGACAUUUGUUCCCAUUCUGUGAACGGGCUGAACGCUAUGCAGAACGCUGCGUUAUCUCUUCACCUCCACUCCGCCUUGGCCAUACAAACACUGUGCGACUUCAACGCUGAUGUCAACGCAACAACCACACAGAACACGAGCACGCCACUCCACCUGGCCUCGCAGUGGAUUGCAUCUGAAAAUGCUAGAUGUUUGAUUCUUAAUGAGGCUAACGUAAACGCAAAAAAUGCCGAGGGGGAAACUCCACUACAUAUUGCGUGUAACAUUGCCUCGAAUGUGACAGAUGCAGUAAGUCUUUUAAUACGGAAUGGAGCAGAAGUUAAUGAAGUUGACAACGACAAGCAAACACCUCUGCACAUAGCUUGCCAAGUAGGAAAAACGGACACUAUGAAACUUUUACUGGACAAUGACGCAAACGUGAAUGCGACGACUGUGGCAGGUGAGACACCGCUUCACGAACUCGUUCGCAACGAAAAGUUGGGGGUGCCGCUUCUUUUGAAUGAGGGAGCCAAUAUCAACGCGCGUGACUGCUAUGGGAACACACCUAUCCACGUAGCCUGUUUUCACGGCCAAAUUUCAACGGUGCCAAUAUUAGUCGAAAUGGGAGCAGAUGUAAAUGCUUUAAACCAUCACGGACAAACCCCUUUGGAUGUCAGCAUUCAACAAGGCCACCUUAAAUCAGCAGAGAUACUACUGAAAUAUAGCUCAGAUGUGAACAUUCCAGAUGAACAUGGAAACACACUUUUGCACAAAAUAAGCAGCCGUGCCUACAUGAAUUACCAUGUUGAUGAAUCCACGUCUUCUCCUUAUGUGAGCAUAAUGAAAAAGAUUAUAAACGGAGGUGGCGAUAUUAAUAUCCGCAAUAACGCAGGAAACACCCCCCUGCACACUGCUUUAAAAAAUUCACAGUUUGAAUUGGCAGAGUCUCUGCUUGCCUCUGGAGCAAGAAUGGGUAUACGGGACGCGGACGGAAAUUCGGGAUUUGAACAUGUUAGAAAAAAGCCUUUGUCUUGGUCCCUGAAGAAGAGACUGAAAAAGGAUGUUAAUACUAGUACCAUAGAAGAUAAAAGUGAUAUUGACAGACAGUCUGAGACCUAUAGUAAAAGAUUGCCUAUAGAAAUGGCAACAAAUUCUAUAGAGCAUGGAAGAUUGAGUAAUACGAGUACUUCAUCACUCAAUAGAAAUGAACCUAUGAAACAUUUCACUGCAUUUAAUACAUAUAACAUCAGUAAAGACUCUGAAGAGCUUCCUAGUUUAUCUGCAAGGUUGAACUACAAGUCAGACACGACACAUGCCAUGUCAACUUCUGAGGUAUCUUCACUGAAUAAUUCGCAAAGUUCUACUUGCACCUCAGGAUCUGUGCAAUCUUUUGUUGGCGAGCAGAGUGAAGAUAGCUUACAGUCACUAGAUUCUGCCAGCUUGGGAAAAACAGAUAAAGGUGAAGUCAAAAUGAGGGCAAUGAUCAAAAAAGCUGAGAGAGAAAAACAAAGAGAAGCAAAACAAAAAGAAAAAGAUGCAAUUAGGAUCCAAAAAGAACAAGAAAAAGCAGAGAAAUUGAGACAGAAACAAAGAAUACAACAGCAACAACAAGAAGAAAGAAAUAAAAGGAAAAAUGUGAUUGAUGCCAGGAGAAAUGCUCAACCAGGAAACUGUAUGAAGUUUAUCCUGGUGGUACUAGAUCGCCAGGUUGUGGAAUCUGCCAGUGGUGCAUCCAUUCUGAGUAACCUACAAACUGCAGAUCUCCAAUACAGAGUGACUGAUCAGCUUGUUACACAUGCCAUCACUUGGAAAAGACAAUUAGGGGAUGAGGAAUUAGAAGAAGACCAGCUGGUGGUGCUGGUCCCAGUCUUGGAAUUCGUUACCAUGGUUGAUGAAUACAAGCAGGUUAGAUCAGGGUUGUCUCAUGCAGACAUUUCGACUGCACCAACAUUGCGGUCAUAUGGUCAGUCUGUCCUGGACAUCUGUCCACAUCAUGCUGUCACCUUCAUCAUACAAGGCAUGGAGAAAAACUUCAGGGAUCAGAAAACAAUGAAGAACAGAGCUCAUCGGCAAGCUGUGCUGGCCACAGACCCAGGACAUGAACCAACUGCUGCCAAAAGACAAAAGAAAUUGAAUCUUGGUGCCAGCAUUAGCAGGGUUGAUGUGGAGGAGGCUGUUGUGGAUCUUCAGCUUCACACAGGAAUAAAUGUUAAGCUGGCUGAGACUCCUGAUGAAGUGGCAACACACUUGAAAUGUAUAACCAAGGCUGUGGCCGAAGCUCCUUUCAAAAGAGAAAGGUUACAGAACAUCUUUGCCUUCCACACAGAUAUAGGAGGCACAGUGAAGGCAGAUAAGGAAGGCAAAGGCUUGCUGAAGGCAUGGAGACAGCAAAUACAGCAGCUGAAAAAUGUGGGACCAGACAUGGCGUCCGCCAUUGUGAAUGCAUAUCCCUCACCUUGCAUGCUCAUACAGGCAUACAGAUCAUGCUCUUCUACUAAAGAAGCAGAACAGCUGUUGGAGAACAUUACAGUACGACGUGGGGCCGGCGUGUUGGAGACAUCUAGACGAAUAGGGAAGGAACUUUCUCGAAGGCUUUAUCAUAUUGUCAUGAACACAGACCCAGAAUUUAUCAUCAAAUGAAUCAGAAUGAUUUGUGAGGAUUUCAAAGAAGGAUUUCUUGUGGGACUUGGGAGAUGAAACAAAUGAGGUGCAUGGUGAAUCAGUUUCAGAAUGGCAAUUUCUCUUAGCAUUGCUGUCAAGUGUUGCAGACACUAUCAACAGUUUUUAUACCUAGUGAAAUUGUGUACCUGGUCAGUUCUACCAGAUCAGUGAUAAUUUAGUUUUUGCAAAUAAUCAUAUCUAGAUUUUGCAUUUUUUCAUAUUUAGAUUUUACAUUUUGUCAGAUUAAUAAGAUCAAUAGUCUAAGCAUGCAAGAUUGCCAUUUUUUUUUUUUUUCAACUGUUAAGAUUAUUGAUUCGUGUUCAGCUGAAGGUGAAAAAAUUCAUAAAAUGGAAAGUAAUUCAGAUUGUAAUGGGUGUAACAUAUGGGUCAAUAUGCUGAGGUUUCAACCAUGAUGUACCUACUGUAUACUUUUAUAUCUUGUCUUUGUGCCUGAGAUUCCCUAUUCUGACUAGGUUUGAAUACAUGCUGUAAUUCAUUCAUUCAUUCAUCAGUGUUUUGUAUAUUAAUGUUUGGCCCCUCAGGUUUAUAAUGCACUGUAUUUUUUUAUAUACAAGCAUAUAAUUAUUGUCUAAAUUAUUGUAUAAAUUUUUUGUCGAAAUUAUUUGGCAGCUCACAGAGGUGAAAAUGGUAUAUACUAUAUGUAUUUCUACAAAUUAACAUGAUGCAAAAAAAGUUUCAUUGGAUUUCAGUGUGCUAGUUAAAAAGUUUUCAUUUAUGAUAGAUAGAUAUCAGUUGUGUCCAAGUCUGUCAGAGUGAACAGACAAAACAUUCAACAGUUAAAUCUUAUAUGUGGAUUUAUCAUAUAUGAAAACUUAUCAACUAAAUUAAGAUGAUGUUGAAAUAACUUUUAAAGUUAAACAUCUGGGACUCUUUAAUUUGUGCUGUUCACAAAUUUAUCUAUUGAUGAUUAAAUAAAUAGAUUUAUAUAAUGUCAUCCAAAUCUCAUCAUUUGGCCUGACUUAUUUUAUUGUACAGAAAAGUGUUGUGUAUCUAUUGCAUAGUAUCUCGAAAUGCCUGAGCAUAUUGCCCAUUAUUUUAUUGAAGUGGGAUGGGUGGGUGUGUGAGAUUUGAAAUGAGAAAAAGUGUUUGAUGGCAUCUUGGACCUGAGUGAACACUCACUAUGGUUUGUAGAAAACACGGAAUGAUCAAGAUGCUUUGAAAUUCGAUCUAUGGUAAUGAAAAGAAAAAGCAAUUUUCAUUUACUGAAUAAAAUCAUGUUUCAUGACAUGGGCAGCUGUUCUGAUGCAGUUGUACAUUGUGCAAGUUUCAUUACGUUAUGUGGA